AUGCUGACCAACUUGUGUCAUUGUUGUUGGAAGCAGUUUCCUGAGUUAGGUUUGAAGGAGGAUGACUGUAAGGAGAUGAGCUGGAUUGAGUCUGUGCUUUGGUGGGCUAACUAUGAUAAUGGGACCUCCCCUGAUGUGUUGCUUGAUAGAAAUCCUGAUCAUGCAAAUUUCCUGAAAAGAAAGUCUGAUUAUGUUCAAACCCCAAUUUCCAAAAGUAGGUUGGAGUUAGUGUGGAAGAAGAUGAUUGAAAUAGGCAAAAUAGGUUUGGUUUUCAAUCCAUAUGGUGGAAUGAUGGGUCGGAUUCCGGCCUCUGCCACCCCUUUUCCGCACCGUGCCGGGAACUUGUUCAAAGUUCAGUACUCAGUGAGCUGGGGGGAAGCAGGGGCUGAAGCAGAGAAGAAUUAUACCACAGACACCAGGAGGCUUUUCAGGUUCAUGACCCCAUUUGUGUCCAAGAACCCAAGGAGUGCUUUCUUGAAUUACAGGGACCUUGACAUUGGUGUCAAUAAAUUUGGUAAUAGAAGCUAUGAACAGAGGAAGGUGUAUGGCUUGAAGUACUUCAAUGACCAUUUUGAUAGGUUGAUGAAGGUGGAGACUGCUGUUGAUCCAGCAAAUUUCUUCAGGAACGAGCAGAGUAUCCCCCCUCUUCCAACUUUGAACUCAGACCCUCAUCCGAUCUUGCACUUAGAUGCGAAAGAUGGCUCGAGUUCCAAGCUUUCAAUGGGGAAGGUGAAGCUAGUACUGGCUGUGCUGGUGUACUCGUUUAUUUCUUUUUAA